UGAGCAAGGGACCACCACCCUCAUCAUGCUUGCCAAGCCCAAGAACUCCGCCGACAUCGUGACCGUCCAGGCCGGUACAAAGUCGGUGGUGGUGGCGCAGUGCGUGGCGGCAGACAGCAAGCCGGCGGCCUCCAUCAACUGGAUUUCCUCCGUCAGAGGCAAUUACUCCACCAGCACCACAAGCGGGCCGGACGGAACGGUGACGGUACGCAGCGAAUACCGUCUGGUUCCCACCCCGGACGACAACGACAAGGAGGUGACCUGCGCGGUGGACCAGAGGACGCAGGAGCGGCAGUGGACCAAAACGCUCAGGCUUUCUGUGGAGUGUAAGCAUUUUUCGUUUUCUAGUUCAAACUGCCGACCUUGAUAGUAAAACUAUGAA